GAAAUGGUUAGCUCUGUAGCCCAGUGAAACGUUGUAACCGUAAAAAAAAAAACGCAGCAUGUCUAUAAAACAACUCUGAACAGCUUUAAGAUUCCGCAGCAGGUCAGAAGAACGUGUAUGAUAUUUUACUUAAUUUUUACGUAGCUCGUUACAACAAAGGAAUAUUAAUUCCACUUUCUGUUGUAAUGUCUCAGCGUCGUAACGUGCCGCCUAUAAACACCACUGUAAACUUUUCUACAUUUUUAAAUAUUAUUUUAUUAUAGCUUUUACGGGGAUCAAACAGGUGCGUGUCGUUAAAUGCUUUUUAACAGCGCAGGACUACGCGGAAGUUCAGUACCAGCUUUAGCAGUGAAGGUACACUUCCGGAAACAGUUCAGGUGAGACACCACACCAGUAGGUUUUCGACCGCCGUAAGUAAGUAAGUAUAUGUAUUUGUUAGUAAAUCCUUUGAUCUGUAACAAAAUGUAUGUUUUAACGUCUAAUUAGACCCGAAACCAUUAGUUUUAAUCAAUGAUUUGAAACAUUGUUGUGAUUAAUUAUGUGCCUGCGCAUGUAGACCCGUGUCUCUUUAAAAAGGUAGUAGUUUUCAUAACAUUGGUGCAGUGGAGAAUGUGAUUCCUUUGGCAGUACGGUGGAAGGGUCUAGUCAACAAGUCCAUAUUUCAAAUGGAAUAGUGUUUACGGUAAGCUGUUGACUUGUUGGUUGCAUGAAUCCAACAUACAUGAAUGGCAGAAAACAAAGACAAUGCUGAAAACAGCUCAAGUGGAUCAGUGACGUUGAAGACCAUGAUGCGAAAACUCUCAUUGAGAAAAAAAAAAGAAAAGGAAGUAGCAACACCAGAUGGCCCCAAUUCUAAUACUAAGCCUCGCUCUCCUGACACACAAAAAUCGCCUACAACAGAAGAUGGCUCAAGCUGGAUAAGUAGAAAAAUAAGUUUCAAUCGAAAAUCAGUCUCGGAAAUAUUUAAAUCUAUCCCAGAGUCCAGCACUAUAAUGGAGAAAGAGACUAUUACCAAGUGCAAUGACACCCACAAUAUUCCACCAUCACCUUUGUCAGUAAUGGAAAUUAACAAACUAAUUGAAACAGAAGCCUUGGAAACGGCCUAUUGUAAUAUACUCUCUCUGGAGAAAGAGGUUGAGUGUGAGAAGGAAGCUCUAGGAAAAGAAGGUUCUUCAGUGAAACUGGCCCAUAAAGAAAAAGACCUGAAUCUGCUUUACAACUACCUGAAGGAUAAACUUAGUAAAAUUGUCCAUCAAUCAUGUGAUCAGCCUUCUUACAAAAAAGAGCUAUUAGUGCAGGUGGUCCACAUCUUUCAGAAUAAGGAAAAGAGGGGGGGAGAUGAAUGGAAGGAAUGGAGAGAUGUUUGGAGGAUUGCAGUGAAGCAAGGGGUGAAAGAGACACUUGGGAACAUUCCCCCUAAAAGCUGUGAGCAAAAUGAUUCCUGUAUAGGAGUACACUUGGAACUUUUGGGUAAAAAGAUUGUGGAGCUGCUGGAAAUGGUAAAGGCAGAGAUUCAGAAUUUGUAUCCACCAAAAUUUCAAGUGUUUGAAACCUAUGCUAUAUCUUGUCAUGAGUUUGUAAGUGAUCAUUUAAAAGUGCUUCUGGGACAGGUCACAGAACUGAAAGAUUAUAAUGCGUUAUUGGAUUUUGCUAUCAACCAAUAUCAUAGUGGGAUGAUUCUUAGCAGUCCAUCUUUGCAACCAGAGAUGAAGGAGCUGAAGUUUUUCACACUGUCUGAUGACUUGCUAGGUCAGAUUAAGAAAUCUUAUUUUGACUGUCUCCAGGAGAAUCUACCUGCCUCAAUUGGCAAUAUUAUUAAUACUGAAAAAGAGAAUAUAUGGAAGAAGAAAGUAACACCCAAGAGAGAAAAAGACGAAAUAUUCCUGACCUCUGAAGUUUAUACAGAUAUCUGUGAUUUGAUUAGGAAAUAUUCUGAUAGUUCUGCAAAAAUUGAUGGGAAUCUGGAAAAGAUGGCUGUAUGUAAAUGUAUGGAGGCUCUGAAACACUUUCCCAAAAGAUUUGAAGUGGAAUUUUCAGAGCACAGCCGCACUUUGUUGGAGUCAGACUUACUGGACAGCUGCCUGUGGGCUGAAUAUCAUGUUGCCUAUAUCAACAGUUUUAGCUCCCUUAAAGAGCACAUAGAGGGCUAUAGAGAGAAGUGUUCAAAGCAGGUGCAAGAACUUAUCACAGAGGUUGAUGGAUUUAUUGGUCAUUUGAGACAAGCUCUUCUGAAACAAUUUAGAGCUGAAAUUGAGCUCUACUUGGGACGUCUAAUGACCAAGGAUUGGCUCAACACAGAUACUGAUUUUAAUGAAUUAGUUAACAGAAUAGAGACUUACUCUGGAUAUAGCACAUCCAUGAGACAGCUACCUGCACAAACUUUUGCCAAUGAUGUGCAUUACCUUGUGAUGAAGGGGUACAUAUCUGAACUACUGAGGAAUAAAUAUUCCUGCAAAGGCAAAAAAAAUGAGGAUGCUGCAGCUAAAAUUAAUGAGCAGUGCAAUGUGCUUAAUAAACUGUUCUGUGAAAUGGGAUCCACGCUAGACUGGCUUCACUCUUUGGGAUUUUAUAUCAGUGAAAUCAUUAAACAGGAACAUGAGAAAGAUAUAAAGAAUGUCUUAAACCCAUUGGUUGAAAAUUACCCAGACAUAAGUAAAAAGCAAUUCUCAGCUAUUCUGUCCUUCAGAGACAAUGGUUUAAGGUUUGAGAGGUCACCGGCCAUUCAGUGCUUCAUUGAGCUCAAACGGAAGCUAGAAAACAAUAAAACAGAAAAUCUCGGAAACCAUGUCUUCUUCAGUGACAUCCAGUGAAAGAGACAUCAGCCUGGGGACCUUUAGAAGUUCGUAAUCCUUGAUGACCUCUAUCAUUACAUCAAUCAUGUUGGAUGCAAGUGCAGGUUUUAUUAAUACAAACAAACAAAUCCAAUAGACUGAUCAGAUGAUGAACAGGCAAUACCAGAUCGGAACAAAGAAAGAGCAGAAAAACUUAAUAAAUAAUUAUAGAAUAAAGGUAUUACAAAAAUUUAAAAAAUACAAUCCUUUGUAGAAUAACGAUUAUUAAUAAGCAGGGACACUUUGAAACGAGAGUUUGUGUGCUGUUAUUAUAUGAUGUAUAACAAGUAUACAACUUCACAUUUGUGUAGUUAUCUAAUCAGCCAAUUCUGUUGUAGCAGCACAAUUCAAAACAUCAUGCAGAUGCUGGUCAUAUGCGUUAGUUAAUGUUCACAUUAAACCUUAGAAUGAAGAUAUAUUAGAUCUCUGUGAUUUUAACAGUGGCAAGGUUGGUGGUACCAAAUGGGCUGGUUUGAAUAUUUUACAAACUAUUAAUAUGUUGGAACAUUUACACUCAACAGUGUUUAGAGUUUACACAGAAUUGGGCAGUAAACAAAAAUACUGAGUGAGCAACAGUUCUGUUGGUGGUGCUAGAAUUAGCUCAGUGGGUUAACAUUAACUCAUGGCCACUGCUUACAUGUGUUUUUGCAUUGCACUGCUGGGACAGUAUAAUGUAUAACACUGACUUCUGAAACUACAAUUAAAUUAGUAUUUUUUUUUUUAUAACUGUACAUCACCACAGUAAAUUUGAAAUGAUCAAUUAAGAUGUUUAGAA